GUCGUAGACCGUCCCCCCACUCUACGGCACGUCGUCCAAAUUUUCUGCAUUCGGACGGUGCGUGGUGUUUUCGGCGGUCGCAUUCGCGAGCUAGGCUCCCGGCGGUUAGCACCGCGUAUCUACGCGCACAGAGCGGCGCCCGCGCUAGCUGCACUAUGCGGAAGUGAGACAAGCACGGACAUCGCGCGGUUACAGUGCUAGUGUACACAGUGGACUCAGUGAUACGAACUAUGAUAUAUCUGUGCACGGCUCGCGAAGAGCACUAAUGGUUUUGUUUUGAAAAUUUAUCUCAAGGACUGUGGAAUUUGACAUUCAUGGAAUCGAGGGCAGGUAUCCGAGGCGGCCCGGGCAUGGACUCUCAGCAGCAACAGUACUGCCUCAAAUGGAACAGUUUCGGCUCCAACCUGGCCACGUCGUUCGCGAACCUCUGGAACUCGGAGAGUCUCGCCGACGUCACCUUGUACUGCGAAGGUCGCCAGUUCAAAGCUCACAAGGUGAUCCUGGCCGCCUGCAGCAAGCACUUCCAGGAGCUGUUCGACACGGCGCCGCCCAGCCAUGCCGGCGCCUGCUACGUGUUCCUCGAGGCGACCAGCGCCGACAACAUGCAGGCCCUCCUCGAGUUCAUGUACAAGGGGGAGGUGCACGUCAGCCAAGAUGCGUUGUCUAGCUUCCUUAAGAGCGGCGAAAACUUGCAGGUCAAAGGUCUAUCGAUGGAAAUGUCCAACGACGCUUGGGUGAAGCAACAAACUCAGCAAUCCACAGAACGUCAUCAGGCCCGAGUGAAAACGAGUCCAAUUUCCGGAUCAGGGACCUGUGACGUCCAGGACUCUGCCCAGCCUCAGCCGCACCCGACGACGUUCGCCCCCAUGCCGUACGGUUACCCUGGCUCCGGCAGCAUGGGGCGCUAUGCCCCGCCAGCCCAUCUGCCCAUACACUCGACCUCGCACCGCAGACCCGUUCAGCCCAAACCAUCGCCGUCUCAGAGUCCACAUACUAGGAAUUACAGGCAAAGCUCAUCAUCAUCACACUGCGGCAGCGUCGCUGACGAGCCCGACACGCGCUCGUCCCCGGGCGCCGGCCCGCGGUACGAGGACACCCCGGAGUGCACGUCCACUCUGGCGAACCCGGUCAAGAACAACGGAUACGAACGAGCCGCCUCGGGUAACGACGAAAUGAUGGACCGCGUGUCAAACGACCAGGGCGCAGAAGAUUUACGAGUGAAAAGUGAAAACGACUACAACACGAGCGGCUACAACAACUCUCCGCCGCCCGCCGUGCCGCUGCCCACCACUAACUACCACGACAAGCCCGCCGACACCUCGCCCGUACCACCCAAACCCAGCCCCGAAACCAUCUGGCCAACCAAACUGAUCACAAGCAAGUCCGGCGGAAUCGCUACUGCUGACGGUAAAAAACUAAAGUGUCCAUACUGCGAGCGGCUUUACGGAUACGAGACGAACCUGCGCGCUCACAUCCGACAGCGGCACCAAGGCAUCCGCGUGCCGUGCCCGCACUGUUCGCGCACGUUCACUCGCAACAACACGGUGCGGCGCCACAUCGCGCGCGAGCACCAGCGCCCUCUGGCCAACCACACGCAGUAAACCUGUCUCUUUAUUUGUUUAACUUUUAUUAACCGAUCUACCUCUGCUCUUUUCGGCGCGCGCGGGUGAUUUAUACACGCAUUUUGUUGAAACUAUCAAAUUUGGGAGUUGUAAAUUUGAUAGUUUAUUUGCUUCGAUCACUUAUAAACUUAGGCUAAAGGCCUUUUCAACUUAGCACUUGUAAUUAAACGUUUUAACAGUAGGUACCCCUCAAUGCUUAUUUAAAACUGCAAUAAUCUAAGAUGCUCAAAAUGGAUGAUUUUUUUUAUACUUUUUAAUUCAGUGUUUUAACGUAAAUGUCCUACAGUUAGUGAUUUAGAAACCAUCAAGUGCAUCUAAAUUUUAUAAGUGAUCGAAGUUUAUUUGUGAAAAAUUCGUGUCCCGUUUUUCGAGAGCUAAAAAGUGGUCCCCCGCGCCGCGUCUCUACUCUUUAUAAAAUGCGUACAAUUGUAUACCUCGUUGAUGCAUAUUUUGUAACAGUGAUCUACCUCAAAAAUUGAUCUUAAGAUUUUUUAAGAUUUUGGAAUUUUGCGAUAAUUGUUACUUAAUUUAAUAAUCACGUGUGACUUCGAACGGUUGCUCAGUGCUUCUACUUUUGGUACAUGUUCAAAACAUAUUGUACCUUCAUUUUUGCACCUUUGUCGCGUUAACGUACCUUAUUUUGACUGUGAGAUAAAGUUACCUUUAUUAGACGAUUUAUUUUUGAGCUCUCGGUCGAGUGUGACAUAGCUUUUAUUAUAUUAAAAAAAAUGAGCUAGGGAAUCUUAGAAAUGAUGUUGAGACUGACGGUCAUAGGCUUUAGUGUAUGUAAAUAAUAGGAGAAUGUAUAUCGCCUUGGCCUAGGUUGAGACAUGCGUUUGACGUUGCACUGUGGCAAAUACUUCUAUUACUAUUAUUAUUUACAUUAUUAUAUUCUAUAUAUCCAUCACAAUAGACUGCUAAACCGGGUUAAGUUUAUUUUAUUUUGAACACAACUGUGAUACAAUAAGGACAGGCUCUAUAUUAUAUUUGUUUACGUUUUUGCCACACUGUUUAUUGUUUGAGUAAACACACGCGGGCGUGGAACUCGAGUUCCAACGGUUCUGUACUGUACAAAGACGGACGGUUUUAUUUUGUACAAAGUACAAUUUGCCCUAGAUGCAUAAGUAGGUAGGUAAUAACGUGUUUUUUUUUAAAUUUGCGUGUAAGUUUGUGACGCGUGAAUGUGUUUACAGUCCAUCAACGUAUCAGUGACGCAACGCCUCGCCUGCGCGGGUGUUAUUAUUGAGACCAAAUGAUUAUAUGUUUUUUUGCGAUGGUAUCGAUUUUAACAUUCCGUUUCGGACAUUUUCGUUUUGCAGUAGCACACAUAGGCCACUUAUUAUAUGUACCUAGUCAUUUCAUGUGCAACCGCUUGAGAUUUAAAGAAUAAUUAUUUAUGCGGACCACCGACGGUGUCGUUGUAUUAUAAUUGUUGUCUAAACACUGUCGGUGGCCGUUUUUGAAAUAUAUUAAAUAACAAUUAGAUUCCGAACUAUAUGAUUUUAAGUUGAUCUUAAUGCAAAGCAAACGGGAUAGUGCCAAAUAACCUCAAUUUUAAGUAUCGCCAUAAGGAUAACUAAUUGUAAUAGGAUAUCGUAAACAGGCGUCAGAAGGCCCAAGGUCACGCUAAUAAUGCACUUCAAGUUUUUGUUUUACAAAAACUAUUUCAUCUUCUAUAUUUUACUAAUAAUUCACUUUGGGUCAUAUACUACGAGUAAUGCUAGUAGUUCGUUAUGACUGAUGUCCAUUGUCACCUCUUCUUAAUUCAGGGUAUCUCUUCAGUCACAUGUCAAAUUAAUAAUGUAAAAUUCAGGUAAACCUCGCAAACUGAAGCAAAUAUGAGCCUGUAUUUUAACCGGUAAUUCCAACAACCUGUAACAAUGUAAGCAUUGCGAUUGCAUUUGCUUUUGUUGCUGUGCAUUGCUUAUUGCUCCGAGUACGUUUCGGUCUAAAGGCGUAACAAGCAAAAUUAAAAGGCUCAUAGAUUUGCCUUAGUUUGUGCAUAGCAGAAUUGUAUAUUAUUACUAUGACAAGCAUCUAAAAGAGUAUCGUGGUAAAUACGGAUCUUCAGGCCGAAAACAUCUAUGUUUGGACGCAUAACAUGUAAUUAUAUAAAAUUCUCGUGAUUGGUGUUUGUUACCAAACUCCUCCGAAACGGCUGGACCGAUUUUUAUGAUUUCUUGCGUCCCAGUAGGGCUCUUGGCAUUAUUAGGGCCAUAUUCAUAUUGGACGUUGCCUUCUUAUUAACUUAGUUAUUCUUAUGGUACCACAACUAUAAUUUAUUUUAUUUUUUGUUUUUUUAAGUGUGGAUGUGGCUGGGUGUUAUUAUUCCUGAUAUUUAGGAAUGAGUUGCAUUCAUAUUUAUUAUAUUUAUAUUUUAGUGUAUAUUUAAAUUUUAUUUUUAUGAUAAACGCUUUACAAAGGCUCAGUGAUUACAGUGUAGUUUCUGUCUUUUUUACCUACUCUGAAAUAUUUUAUACCUCAUUUUUAACUUAUCGCAUUUAAAACUAAUAGAGAAGUUGCUGAUAGCAGUCCUUUUGUGUCAGUGUGGAUGGCGAACGUUGUACCUAAUUUUAAACAGAAUAAGAUAAACUAUAUUAUCUGUAUCACUUUAUUCUUAAAAUAUAUCCUGUACAAUUUUAAAGAUGCUAUUUUUUAUUCUUAACAGUAAAUUUUAGAGGAUAGUAGAUUUAUUCAGAUUGUGUAUAAGCAAUUAUUUCAAAGAAUAUAUUUUUUUUAUCUCUAUUCUGUAUUACGCAUUUGUUGUUUUGUUUUAAAGGUUCGGCUUGCGGUCAUAGGAAGGGUAAUGAAACGUUUAAUGCGUACCAUCCGCCAUUUUGCAUUUCUAUUCACAGAUAACACCUACAUAUAACUUUAACAAUUUUAAUUCGGAAACAAAGCUUUUUUUGUUUCUUGUUUCAUACGAUUGUUUAUUGAUAUGGUAUUUAUUUGUGACUGUUGUUUUACGAAAUGGUGGAUAGAAGGUAUGCCGAUGCCAUACUAAAAGUUUCAAUGUCGUUCGGUAAAAUAACAUUUGCACGCAAAAAGAAAAGAAAAGGUGUGGCCUAAAAAUAAAAAAAAAAAUCAAAACUUGGAUUUGGAUUAGAUGGAUAGUGAAGGCAUUGCGAUUUUUUGUUUUUCACGAAAAAGCAUUGCAAUUUAAGCUUUGCAAACGGUAAUAACUAUUACCAUUAAAGUCUACACCAAAGGAUACAAAAAAAAAUCCUGUUGUACUAGAUCAACAUAAUUUGUAUCUCAGAUUACAAAAUCCACAAGUAUUUUUUUAAAAGCGGCAUCACAUAUCUGUUGCUUAUUAAAACUACAACAAACAAAAUGACUUUGAAACUAAAUUUAUAACAAACUAUUUAGUCAAAAAAAUUUCAGUCAAAAAACACGAGACAAAUUUUUAGAAAAUUUCGUCAUGGGUCUAAUUAUUUCUUGGUUUGACAAUGUUAUGUGUUCCUCUUUUUUGUGUCUGAGGUACACUUUAUGUUUGUAUUUGGACACUAUUUAGUAAUUUUUUUUUGUGAAAUAUCUUUGUUAGCAGUGCCUUCAACUUUACUAUCGCAGAUACGGUCAGUUGAGAUGAUGAACGUAAAAAAAGUAAAAUAAACUAAGAGUUGACGGACGAAUCUAUUUUGAUUCACAUUACGUUAAUAAGUAAUAUUGUUUCAUAUUUUUGGUAUUUCUUGUGUUAAGUGUAUUGUUAAGAACAAGUGUUUUGCUAUUUCGGUUUAACUGUUAAAAUUAUUUUUUACUUUCUUUGAGAAAUUAUGUAAGAGGAUGGAAAUCGAGUAUUCUGUUUUGUCCUUUCGUUCUUCGUAUGAAUUAAAAAUUCAUAGAUGUGAUUUCUUUUGACAUUUAAUGUUUAUUUGUGAUACGAAAAAGGGAAUUGCAUUAAUGCAUCAUGUUUUGAGCUUUUAUUUUUUUUUUCUUUCGAUUUGUUUUUAUAUUAAGGGGUAUUGAAGGAUAUCCGAAAAGUUGACACUAAGGGAUCGCCAUUUCAUUUAUAUAACUUGCAUCACUUCUUUCUAAUAGUAGGGUACAAAUUAAAAAUUACGAUAUCAUUAAGUCAAUUUUCGAUUGUUUACGUUUUGUAUAAUUUAGUUUUUUUUUUACCAACAUGAUUGUACAAACAUUCUGUGUGUCACGGGAUAUUUGAGAUCAUGCCUAAAUUAAGUUACGUCAUUGUUAAAAUUUAAUAUAGGUGGACGAUUUACUAUUAGUGGUUCCCAAUAGUUUUAAAUGUUGUAUUUGAUGUGAUAAGGACCUCACAAUUAGUCGGUGUAUCGCAAUCCCCUUGGGCGGCGGUCGAUCUCUCACGAUUUUAGCGAAUGUAACUCUGUUUAGAUGUGCAAAUAUAUGUUGUAUAGUUUCACGUAUCGGCGCUAUGUCGAUCACUUUAUAUUUAAUGUUAUGGAGACGUGGAACAAUGGAGAAAUUAUGGUUGCGUUCGAUGUUAAUGUUUAAAGUGAGUGACGGUAAAGUGAAUAUACUUACAGAUAGGUAUAUUUAAAUGGACAUAAGUGUCUAUUCUAUACUUAGAAACCGUGAAUUAUUGAUACUAAUGCGAUCACAAUAAUAUAAAUAAAAAUAGAAAUCUGCAGAAAAUAUUUAUACUUUGGAGAGCUACUGAUAUAUAUUAUGAUUGCAUCGAGUUAACAGUUAAAUAAUUUGAUAUGAGUUUGAUCAGAAUAAAUACUUUGCAUUUCUAUACAAACCAAUUCACUGACUGCAUUUAAGUUUUCUUUGUUAAUGGCUCCUGUUUGGGAUAAUAUGUGGUAGGGAUAAUGUUGAAUUUUUUGUAUUUUUAAGUUUUAAUUUUAUGUGAAUAUCGCGAUAUGUCGUGAUGGUAAAGCCAAAGAUUGUUACGGGUAUGGUGACCCUCUGCCGUCACAUGGGCUGUGCGGUGACUCUUCGUUCAACAUGUUUGGUCAAAAUUAUAAAAAAAAAAAUAUCGCUGGUCGAGUCUACCAUUGGGUACAUUAAAAUAACACCGUUGAAUGUAUAGCACAGCACAGCCCGAUUAGCAUGUAAGUUAAUCUACCUCGAGGAAUAAAUUAGUAAUAAUUAGGCUUUUAAAAUAGAUUUUUAUAUGAAGAAUUCAUGUAACUUAGUCGUUAAGAGAAAAUAAAAAAAUAAAAAAAAUUAAAGUACAAAUAUGCUACCUCAGGAUUCAAGUUGAGUCUUAUCUAAAUUCUACGAUGGUCGUGCAAGUGUUUAAAUUAACGUUUGAAUAUUGUGUAGUUACAUAUUUUAAUUAUUGUCUUGGAUCGUUUGAUAUGGGAGAUUGAAAGCGCGGAGAAAAUUAUAUUUAUAAAAAAUAUAAAAAAUAUGGGUGUAAAUAAGAUGUCUCCGCGUUUGAUUUAUAGUAUCAGUAAUAUUUAAACUCUGUCACGUUAAUUGAAUCUCUGCAAGGUAGGCAGUGCUUUCAACUCGGCCCCUAUGCUCAAUCGUGGAGUGCAUGGAGUAUGAGCGCAAUCUAUAGUUACCUCUUAGCUGAGUUGAUAGUCCUAAUACAUUUUAAGUAAGUAAGUGUUAAUUAGGUUAGUUAUUAAUAAUCUCAUUGAUGUUCUACCUCAUUUUAAGACGCAAAAACCGUUGAGAGAUCGCCCGUUUGCCAUUCAGCGUAACCGUACCUUCUACCACUCUCAGGAGUAUAAAACAAUUUUUUUUUUCAUAAUUUUAUUAUUACUUUUACCCAGUUAUUUUCUUGUGUUGCAUAGAUGUUACUAUGUUUUAAGGAGAUGAGAAAUGAAAAAUUAUUGUUUGUUAGGUUUCAGCGAAUUAAAAAAAUGUAACAAAAAUA